AUGAAAACAUUUCUUUUAUGGAUUUUGUUUGCUGCGCUAAUUUGGCUGUCCAACGCAGAAAAAAUUGAAGAAACUAGCAUACCAGGAGAAUCGACUAAAAGUGAAUCAAAUGGUGUGGUUGAAACAUCUUCCAGAAAACUUGCAUCCACACCAAAGAAGCGCAGAAAGAGAUAUGCUUACAAGUUACCUUGGAGAAAAGAUGAAUUCACGUACUCCAUUCUCAAAUACACGCGAGACCUCCCAGCACGAGUUCAAGAAGGAGUUUUUGGAAAAGCGUUUAAUAUUUGGCAUGAAGCUGCUCCACAAUUGAAAUUUAAAUUCAAGCGGAAUGAGCCCAAAGCUGAUUUCAAGAUCUCGUUUGUGAGAGGCGCUCAUGGCGACGCCCAGGCAUUUGAUGGCAGAGGGCCGCUUAUCGCGCAUGUUUAUGCUCCAGAAGAUGGAAGGAUGCAUUUUGAUGACGACGAAUGGUAAUAAUAGCUCAUUACAUGUGGAUUGAAUACAUUUAAUUAGCUUUGCCAACUAGGGCAGGGUCACCACAACAGCAUAUGCCAAUUACUGUGCCUGUGGGCCCUUUUUACCUAACCCACCCUGUCAACUUUCCCUGUGGGAGGAAACCGGAGUACCCGGGGAAAACCCCAUUGGAAAACCCACGACUUUCGACAGAGCGUUGACGUUUUACUCUUUUCACAUGAGGACUGGGUUCGAGUCUUGAACCUGCAAGUGCGCAAUCUCGUUCCCCGAGCCUGCGAUCCUCGGGAAGGAACGCGAGGCUCUGGGAUAAUCCGUUUCAGGGAGGAAUCUGAUUGGCCGUUGAAAUGGAAUGCGUAGUUCAAUCUUAGCGAUGAUUCCGGGCUUCCGGCAACGGAUUAUCCCAGAGCAUCACGUUCCUUCCAGAGGAUCGCAGGCUCGGGGAACGAGAUUGGCAAGUGCGCUAACCACUUGGCCACCGAAGCCCUCAUAUCAUAUAUUUCCAAAAUUAUCGGGGGGUAGCCAGCCGCAAAUGAAUGGGGAAGGGGCGUCCAAUAGACAGCCGGAACUAUGCAUUUUAGACACGUUUUAUGAUAAUCUAAAGAAAGCAAAAGAUUUGGUACAUUUUAUGUCAUAUACGUAAAAGCAUUCUAGCUUUGGAAGAAUUUUAAAAUUGGCCCUGAUGAAAAGUGGGGUGGGUGGACCCUCCAUUCCCCCACGUGGUUACGCCUCUGCUGGCUUGCGAGGUCGACUGUAUAGUGUAGGUAACAGCUUAUCUCCCUAGGUUCACAGAUAAAUCAAGAUACGGCACGAAUCUGUUAUCCGCUGCAGUUCACGAAGUGGGCCACGCUUUAGGGAUGGGUCAUUCAAGAAAGAAAUCCUCCAUGAUGUACAAGCUAUACCGCAAAUACAGAGGCAAGGAUGUAGAGCUUGAUUCAGACGAUAUCAAAGGCAUUACAAAGUUAUAUCGUAUUCGUCCAAGUGAUCGUGGAAAUCCAAAUUGCAAAGACAAGAAUCGCAGGAUGUGCGAGAAUUAUAAAGAAAUGGGAUAUUGUGCAGCGGAAUACAAGGCUGUGAUGAAAGAAUACUGCCAGUUCACUUGCGGUCUCUGCGACUCUUGA